CGCAGGAAAACACACUGAAAGGCUCGGACGGGAAGCAAAAGACGAAGAGCCUAAUUAUAAUUUUUAAUUGUGUGCUUGAAGCGGUUAGUGAGGGAGUCACUAGUUGUGGACAGCCAGCCAUGCUGUCACAAAGAAGCUUCACUCUAGUGGUGCUAAUGUUGAGUGUGCACCGGCUCGUGGCUCAAAACACAGAAACAGUCAAAUCCACCACCUCCAGCAGACGAGGGUGGAGGCAAGACACACAGCAGGGUGAGGCCCUCACGCCGGGAGAGGAGACAAAGGUGAACAGUGAGAGAUGGAAGAAUGUCAUCGGCAGCUUUCUGUCUGAGAGGCAACUGCAGCAGCGGCCCACACCGUCGUACCUGGUGGUGGCUCCGACUUUGGCGAGGCCGGACUCUGUGUAUGGAGUAGUGGUGGGGGUGUUGGGUGAGGCACGAGGGCCGGUGAGUGUACACGCCACACUCACCCACGCCCAUGGCUUAGGACAGGUGGCCCAGGGCUACGACCUGCUCUCUCCGGGAGAAAUGAAGGCCAUCAUCAUGAAGGUCAGUGGUAAAUCCAUGUUUAAGAGCCCACCUGAGGGAGAGGGUAAAAAAUAA